AUGCUCCUAAAUCGCUACGCGUUGCGCGUCAUACACACAAGGGCGCGCUUACGUUGUGCUAACGCGUCAGCCAUGGGCUCGCAGCUGGUGGCGAAGCUCUUCAUUGUGAUGCACCUUGUCAUCGCUAUCGCUGCUAUCGCCAUAGACAAGUCGCUACAAAUUGAGCAACCCGAUCAGCCGUUACUCGAUCACACCCAAUCACAUUUCUUGCCAAAUCGCUCUGGUAUAGUGCAGCUCUUUGAGUGGAAGUACGCUGACAUCGCGGCGGAAUGUGAGCAGUUUUUGGGCCCGCGCGGUUUUGCGGGCGUGCAGGUCUCACCCGUCACAGAGCAUUUGUUGGUGCGCUCUGCAACUACGCCGCCACAUGCAUGGUGGGAACGCUAUCAACCGCUCUCCUUUCAAAUGGCCUCGCGUUCUGGCGGCGAGGAGGAGUUUCAUCAAAUGACACGCGCUUGUAAUGACGCUGGCGUACGCGUCUAUGUCGAUGUGGUGCUCAACCAUAUGGCUGGCGCUUAUGAUGAGGAAACAGCGAGCGGUCAGCGGCUGCUUGAGGGCUUUGCCGGUUCGACGGCCAAUGCGAGUUCAUACGAUUUUCCCACUGUGCACUUCACAAGCCGCCAUUUCCAUAAGCCGUGUGAGUUGUUGAAUUAUAUGGAUGCUCAUGAGGUGCGUAAUUGUGCGCUAAAUGGCUGGCCUGACUUGAAUCAUAAUCGGCUGGAUGUGCGCGGUAAUUUGACGGAGUUUCUUAAUCGCUUGGUGGAUAUGGGUGUAGCAGGUUUUCGUGUGGACGCGGCGAAAUAUAUUUGGCCCAUUGAUAUUAAGCUGCUCUUCAAGAACGUUAAAUAUCUCAACAGCGAGGAAUCCGACUUUCCCGAGAAUGCGCGUCCAUUCGUGUAUCAAGAUGUGGUAGAUUUAGGAAUUGAUUCUAUAUCGAAAACGGAGUACUCCAGCUACGGCAUAGUUACCGAGUAUCUGUACGCUGCCGAAUUGGCCAACAUAAUCAACGGUAAAGCACCGCUUAGUACGCUAAUAAAUUGGGGACCAGCGAUGGGCUUUCUGCCACAUCAGCAAGCGCUCGUCUUCGUUGAUAGUCACGAUGUGCAACGAGACCGCAAACUUUUAGGCGCUAAUCGGCUACUCUCUUACAAACAACCAAGGAAGUACAUAAUAGCCACAGCAUUCAUGUUGGCACAUCCGUAUGGACGGGUUAAACGGAUUAUGAGCUCGUAUUAUUUUGCAGCGGAGCAGCCAGAACAAGGACCACCGAUGGAGGAAAGUGAAGAGGAGGUGGAGGAGGAGGAGACGGAUGCAGAUGCUGAAGGAAAUGAAGUUGAAGCAGAUGGUGAUGAAGCUGCUUCCACUGCCGAUGUAUCGCCACCACAACUGCACAUACGCUCGCCAACAUUUGAUGCGUCCACUGGCCGCUGUGAAUACGCCUCCGGUUGGGUUUGCGAGCACCGCUGGCCACCCAUCGUGCAUAUGGUAGAGCUGGCGAAUACGCUGAAUGAAAUAGAGGAUGGUGUCAUUAAUUUCCAAACAGAUGGUUCAAAUCACAUAGCCUUCUGCCGUGGUAACAAAGCAUUCUUUGCGUUUAACAACGAUGCACAGUUGACGUAUGAAGCUAUAGUGGAGACUUGUCUGCCGAGUGGUGUGUACUGUGACGUGAUUAGCGGUGGUCGUGCGGAGACUGCAACCGAUUGUUUGGGUAAACGUAUUGUGGUCAACAUGCAGGGUAAGGCGCGUAUUACAUUGCCAGCUGUGUUCGGCGCAGGCGAGGAUGAAGCAGCAGACGGAAGUGAUUAUGAUGAAGCGGAUGCAGAGGAAAAUGAUGCCUAUGGAAUUGCUGCGGGAGCAGAUGGAGAAUUUGGUGUGUUGGCCGUGUAUUAUGGAUCGAGAUUAGAAGAUGAAGUGCCACCAGAAAAGCAGAAGGGUGGAGAUGACACAGAAGCAUCACCGGCCGAUGAGCUUGAAGAGAACACUGCAACCGAAUUGGCAGUGGAGGAUGUUGCAGACGAGUCUGAAGUGGUGGAAGAAGUAACGGAGAUAAUCGAUGGGUCAGAUGAAGAUGUGUCGCCUGAAAAGUUGGAAGAUGCAGUGGUAGAAAAGAGUGCUAAGCUGGAGGAGGCUGCAACUGAUGCGAGUGUUGAGAAUGAAGACGAGGACGUUGGGGAAGCGACUGCCGUUGAAGGCGAAGAAGAAACUAGUGCUGGUGGAGGCGAGGAAGAAGAAGUUGAAACUCAGGACGCAGCAGUGCAGACGGAGACUGGAGAAGAUCCCCCAGCAGAAGAAGAACCUGCGGUAGAAGAAGAAGCUGCGGUAGAGGAACAGCCCGCGGAAGAUGAGGAACCUGCCGUAGAAGAAGAACUUGCGCAAGAUGAAGAACCUGCCAUAGAAGAGGAACCUACUGUGGAAGAGGGCGAAGAUGCUGAGGAAGUAGGCGGAGAUGCAGCAGAUAACGCAGAAACAGCUGAAGCUGAAGGGGAAGCAGCUAAUGCUGAGAAGCCCGCAGAGUCUGUGGCCGACGAAUCAGCAGCUGAUGAGUCAGCGGCAGCUGACGAGCCACCAGUAGAGGGAGAUGCAGCUGGUGAAGAUGCUAAAGAAGAAGGAAUUUUAGAUGAAGCUAAGGGUGUCUUAAAGGAAAUAGAAAAAGAAGUGACAGAUGCCGUAAAUAAAGUGAAAGAUAAAGUUACGGAGCACAUUGGCAAGGAUGGGUCUGACAUAAAAACAAGCAUUGAAGCGGGUGCUGAAAAUCUGGCAAAUAAAACGAAGGUGAUUAUCGCAAAAGCCGGAUUCAAUACGAAUAGCGCUACAACUUCAGAAAGCAUUCAAUUGUGCAGCUUAACAAUUUUAAUCAGUUCAAUUUUAAUAAAUCUUUACAGCACUUAG